GCGAAUAAAAGGCUCCCCAGCCCAGGGGUCUUCAUUCGAUCGUCGCCUCUUCUCCUCUCCUCUCCUCCCUCCUCUGCUCAGCAGGCUUCGCCUCCACUCCCAUCACCAAGAUGCCCAACGGAUGCUGCGGUGGCGGAAGUAGCUACACCAUGUGCUGCUACAGCAGCCCCAAGACCUGCAAGAGGCCGAUGUGCUGCAGCCCCAUGCAGUGCUGCAGCCCCUGCUGCACCCCCUGCUGCAUGCCCAUGCAGUCCUGCUGCAUGUCCAUGCCCUGCUGCUACACCAUCAGCAGCAACAACAGCGGCUGCUGCGGGAGCAGCGGCUGCUGCGGCAGCAGCAACUGAACGCACCCGGCUCGUUCCCUCUUGGAUACGGAUUUGGAUGUGGAUAGCACCCCAAAUGCUCCUCCUCCUGUGCUUAGAAGCUGCAGAACUCCUCUUCUUCUCCUGCCUUCCCUUGUGCUUGUGAUGUGCCCUGAAGCCGCCGCCCAGCAAGUUUCUCCUGUGAGCGCUGGUGCGGCGCUGCUCUUCAUUCUCCUCUUGGUGUGUGGGAUGUUUCGCCCUUUUCAUCACUGUUCUGCUUCAAUCUUUCUGGAAAAAAACAAUAAAAUCUGUAGUUUGUGACCCUGCAA